AUGAUUGUGGUUCUCCAGUUAAUGGCAUUCUGUCUGGCACUGGUGUCCACCCUCUUCCUGGUUGUGGCCACGUGGACGGACUGCUGGAUGGUUAAUGCCGAUGACGACCUGGAGGUGAGCCAGAAGUGCCGGGGUCUGUGGUGGGAGUGCGUCACCAACACGCAGGAUGGCAUCCGAACCUGCGACCAGUACGAGACUAUCCUCGCAGAACACCCACUGAAGAUCGUGCUGACCCGGGCCCUGAUGAUCACGGCCGACAUCCUGGCCAGCUUCGCCCUCAUCAUCCUUGUGCUGGGCUUGGAUGUCAUCAAGCUGCUCAAGGAGGAGCCGCACAUCAAGAUCAGGAUAUGCUACUUUGCCGGAUUCAUAUUCGGACUGGGAGGGAUUCCUGGAAUGAUUGGCUCUGUGUGGUAUGCCGUGGAUGUGUAUGUGGAGAGAGCAACCCUUGUUCUGAAGAAUGUCUAUCUGGGAAUGCACUACGAGUUUGGCUGGUCCUGCUGGCUAGGAAUGGCUGGUUCCACCGGAUGCUUUCUUACCUCCAUUGUGCUAACCUGCUGUCUGUACAUUUUUAGAGGUGAGUAG